AUGGAAUUACCAUACAUUCAGCAUCAGAUCUCUCCCACAAGGCCCCAGUCACAUGCCGACACCCAGCAGGACCUGGGAUCGGCACGAAAUGCACACUUGGGCUUACCUACAGACUACGCCAAGCUUAGUUCUGCGGCCCAGCACCAGAUCUAUUCCUUCAAUGGACCAAUGCAUAUCUCGCAUCCAUUCUUAUUUGCACUUCCGGGCCUUCCUCAGCGCUACUCAAUGGCGCCACAUUGGGGGAAUGUAGGAUUUUCUGCAGUCCCAAACCUGCAGCUCCCAAAAUUUUCCAAAGACCCUCACCCGGAAGAGGCCACCAGAUACACUUCUCCUGCUUAUUCGGCCAACAGUUCGAAACCUGUGUCAUCUUCUUCCAGUGCGUUUUUCGGCACCCCAUAUUUGGGGUCGUACGUCUCGCAGUCGUCCGCCGACUCGAUCCAGUCAAAAGCAAAGCCGGCUAAAUCAGAUCACAGUUUUUUCGGCGAGAUCUGCGACACAAAUCUGAUCGAAAUAGCCAAAAAAAAUAUCCAGACUCCUUUCGAUGAAUUGGCCCAUUCCGUGAAGGUGGCCGAGACGAACCUCGCCCACAUUGUUGGAUCGAGCUCGAAACAUUCCAGAGAUAAUCGUCAGGCUGAAGCACACAAAAAAAGACAGCACCAGAUCCUGGCUAUGGUUUUUCUGAUGAGACGUGUACAGAUCAAGGAGUCUGCCGUAUGCCCAAGGAACAGGAUUUUUAACCAGUAUGUGCAGCUGUGCCAGCAGCACGGGGUGCAGCCUGUGGUGAAUGCGUCUUUUGGGAAGCUGGUCAAAGCGCUCUUUCCAGGCAUCAAGACCCGGAGGCUGGGGAUCAGGGGUUCCAGCAGAUACCAUUACUGCGGCAUAAAGCUGGUAGGAGACUCUGAUGAAGUUGAGUCUUUGGCGUCGACCACGUCAACGACUCCCACUAUUGGGUCUCCGGCAGCUGCUCAAACAAGCGAACCGUCUGCUGAUAUUCAUUUUGAUCUUAGUUUGGAGGAUAACUUUUUCAACAGGAUGAGCAUUGAGGAACCGGAUCUUGGCAUCAGCGGCCUCAACAGUAUUUUGCAUCUUUUUGACCCUGGUGAGCAGAAGGAACUGAAGGAGAUUGAGGAUUACUAUGGUGCCCACUGCCGCAAGGUUUUGCAUUGUAUUCGGUUCAUGAAAAUUAAAACACUGUUCGAGAGCAUGUCUUCAGAUUUUCUAGGCUUGUCCAUCCGUGCAAAAAGUCUUCUGUCUUCUCCCCAUGUGAUUUCGUGGAUCUUGAGAUGCGACAACGCGCUAUACAUAGCAUGUAUCAGACUGCUGUCCAGAAUGAUAUUUCAAAGUGUGCCUGAGCAUGUUUGCGUUCAGAUGACGAACGUGAAUACUUAUUUUGUGAAGUAUGUUAGGGAUAUGGUGCUACCCGAUGAGCUUGUCCAGGCCAAGCUUCCCGCAGCUGAGACUUUUGUGAAAAUGACCUCUCGGCUGACUAGGGUAAUUCUGGCAGGUCACAACUGUGCCAGAAAUCUUUGCCAGCCAUCGGUUGUGCUAGAAUUACUACAGGACUGGGAAGCGCUGGACGUUAGGGAAAUUGUCAAACGAGAGAUUAGAUGUCAAAAGCUGGAAGAGAUUACAGAUGUCUUGCAACACGAUAUCACCAAUCUUUUCCGCGAGGUUUCUACACUCACCCUUCAUGGCCAGGAGACUAAAGACAUCAUCAUUCAGACUUUGAGCACCAGGAUAUCCAGGAUUCCCGAAAAGUUCCUCGAUGUGAGCCCACAAACUUUUUUGUUGAUAAGCAAUCAGUUGGUUGACUCGAUAAUGAGACAGCUGACUCUGGACAACCGCAACCAUAUUGUUGUCUGGUGGGGGCUGAGUUGCUGGCUCAAUGAGUUUUUUAUUUUCCUUGCCGAGCUUGGCGGCUACACCAAGCUUGUUGCUGAUUAUGAGAGUCCGAGAGAGUAA